CUACAUGAGUAGGGAGGAACCUCAAAUUGCUCUCAGGCAAACAAUAUAUUUAGUCUCAAAACUCCUUCGCCACAGCUUAUCAACCCCAACUUGAUCUACAAUGUCCUCUCCCCCCUCAACCUACACAGGCCCCUCGGUCCCCGACAUGCUGGCCUCGCACUCUCUCGCCGAGAACAUAAUAAAAUACGAUGCCUACCCUGAAAGCGGGCGUAUCCUGGAUGACGGCGAGAUGAACAUGCUGCGCCGUUUUGUGCAGAAUCCAGACGAGGAGAGGAGUAGGAUACUCGAGGAGGAAGGGGUUGAGAUGGGGACGGGGGAAGGGUUGGAUAGGAGUUUGGUUGCGUUGAUCGUGUUUCGGCAUGCUGGUGGGGAUGGAGGUGGGAAAGGGGGGGAGGGGGGGUUGCUGAGUGAGCGUGAGAUUGAGGUUUUGAGGGGGUGGUUUGCGGAGCGGAAUGUCUGA